AUGAGCCAACAAGAUGCGCCUAGCUCGGGCGCGACUCCCGAUUGCACAAUGGAAGAUCGCAAAGAUCUCGAACCCAGCGCGAUAGCUGCGACCGAGAAACCGACACUUGACGAGAGCACCGUUGCAGCGAUCGUUGCUGUUGCUGCUGCUGCUGACGACGCAGUUCCGAGCCCUCCGAAUGCGCCGCCCACAGACGACAGUGUUUCGACCAAAGUGUUUCGCUUUCUGUCCACAGCAACGCCAGAAACACUAGGUGGUGUAGCGGUUGGUCUGGCUGCCACGACAUACCUGGUCCUGGGGAGACUCGGUCUCGUGUUAAUAGGGGCAUUCGGCGGGAUAGUUACUUUCAUCCAAUGGGAGCAACGGAACCCUGAUGUGGCACGAAUCGUCCGCGGUGAAAGAGGCAUUGACGUCCUCGCACGACUGCUAGAGACCAAAAACAAGGUCAUUCAAGAGAAGGAGGAGGGCGCCGACGCUCAGGAUUGUGCCUUGAUUCGCGGAUUUGAGGAUCUGAGGCCCGAAACCCGUGGGGCCAUGAAUGAACUUGUCGAUGCUGUUGUCGACAACUAUGUAAAGUGGUGGUACUCGCCAAUCGUGUCAUCAGACAAGUUCUUCCCACUGGCUUGUCGGAAGACGCUUACAGCGUUCUUAACGUCGGCAUCCAACCACCUUGCCAGAAAGCGACCGGCCGACGCGUUUCUUGACGUUCUGACAAACUCGUCCUCUAUCGUGGUUGUGUUCUUUUCCGAACUAUCCAAUGCCUUUACAGAGUUGCCGGCCGACUCUAAGCUCUCAGCGGCGGAUGCUGUCUACAAUUACCUGGCUGCUCAUCCAGACUCUAAUCUGGCCAGCCUGUUGAACCAAAAGCAGCAGGCAAACAAGUUCCGAAUGAUUUCAGAAGACCUGCUCAACUUUUUGGAGCGUUCCUCGUACGAAUGUGAACCGGCCAGAGUGUUUCUGAGGGAGAUGCUGGCCGGUGUUGUUUUGGAAAUGACACUUCAGUCUUUCUCAAAGCCUGAAUUCAUCAAUUCCUGGAUUGUUUAUCUUUUAGAGGCCGGUGAGCCGGAUCUCAAUCAGGCUAUCGACGUGGGAAUGCAGACUGGUCCUGAUGUGGCGUUUGCAGAUAUUGACGGCAACGUGGGCAACAUCGGGCUCACUAAGGGCAAUAAGAAUUCUUUUGAUCAUGAGCGGGCGAGGCGCAAAGAAUCCUUGGCGCACAAAAAGAAGCUCAGCAAAGCUGAGGAAGAGAUGGAACUGGCCAUGGAAGAAAUGAAACGACUGAACCAGAUGAUUGCAGAUGAGACUACGCUCUUGGCCGAGUCGUCUCAAAACGAACCGAAGCACCACGAAGAAACGACUACAAACGAAACCCAGAAUGGGCAGGAAACCCAGGCGGAUUCAGCAUCCCAACCUAAGCCGGUUGAUACCACGUCAAAAGAUCUGUCAAAGAGCAUCGGCAGCGAUAGCUCUUCAAGCAAGAAUGAUGUUAUCAAUACGCCUGUAACACCUCUUUCUGCCACCACACCUUCGAGCCAAACGUCUCCUUCGGCAUCGCAAAAUCCAUCAGCAGUGGCAGCGACAGCGGGCUUCACAAGCUUCGACCAGCUUGUGCCCCCAGCUCGAGAGGGAUCGGAGGUUGACUCUAUAGUGGAGGCUGCCAAACCACCAUUGACGGUACACAACGCUAACAUCACUGUUCUCGAUGAGCCUGGUGACAAGCCGAUCAAGUCUAAACCCGUCUGGGAUUAUCUAGUUCAGAUCGAACCUGCCACCACACUCUAUCCUGGCUGGAUGAUCAUCAGAAAGUACAGCGACUUUGAGGUACUCCAUGAAGUGUUGAGGCGGAUUGCGACUAUAUCAGGUGCUGUCAUCUUCUCACAGCAGCACAAUGUGCUCCCUCCCUGGAAAAACCACACCCGCACUUCCUUGAGGAUCGAACUAGAGCGCUAUCUGAAAGACGCCUGCCAGCACCAGAGUUUGGCUGAAAGCGAGGGCUUGAGAAAGUUUAUGGAGAGAGACAACGGGCAUCUUCCCCAGCCAAAAUCAGGCCUCCAGGCAUUUGAAAAGAUUGGCAAGAACGUGUUGGGGGUAUUGGCGAGCGCACCCUUGGAGGGCUCCAAAGCUGUGAUGGAUGGCGUGACUGGAGUGUUGGGGAAUAUCGGACUGGGACCGCAGAAAAAGCCAGCGCCGGCCCCAUCACCACCACCUUCCGCCCUACAGGACGUGACAGCGGCCAGUCGCCUUUCUAUGUCAACCCUUUCUCGAAAUGACAGUACUCUGUCGCUGAGUCGGUUGACCAGCAAGACUCGUGACAGCAUAGACAGCCAGCGCUCGUCGGUAGUGGCCACCCAGCCGCCCAAACUUCCUGCUAUGGAUCGUCGUCCUAGUUAUAACUCUCAAGGUGAUGCGGAACCUGAAGCCAGCUUGCGUCCAUCAAGAGCGUCGGCCAGAAACAGCAGAGAGCAAAGCAGAACUUCUAGCCGAGCGCCUGCACGUUCACCUUCUAUUCUCAGUUUCGAUGGGUUCCGUCUUCCUCCCCCACCCGACAUGAUCACGGACGACUACGAAUCCCCCAUUAGCCCCCAAGGGCGCUUACCAGAGCAUCUUACUCACCAUUCCCGCUCGCUGACGAUGCCCACCCUCAGCAGUCAGCGGAUUAACGGCCCGCCAUUGACAGGGAAGCAGCACACAAAGCUCUCUGAGCAAGAGACUAGGGUAGCAGUGGAGCUCAUGUUUGCCGUCAUCAACGAAAUGUACACCCUCUCCUCGGCCUGGAACAUUCGGAGGACACUCCUCGCGGCCGCCAAGUCAUUUCUUCUCCGCCCCGGCAAUCCCUCGCUGUUGUCAAUCCAGACCUUGAUUCAGCAGUCUGUCCUUGACGCCAAUACGUCUGACGCCGGAAUCGCCGCCCAUUUGAAGAAGUUGAGGCAGAAUGUAAUGCCUACUGAAGAGGAGAAGAAGGAGUGGCCAGCAGAGAUGACUGCCGAGGAAAAGGAAGCCUUGAGGGUCAAGGCAAGGAAGUUGCUGAUCGAGAGCGGGGUACCGGCUGCCUUGAUGGGAGUUAUGGGACAGGCGGCGACGAGCGAGGCACUGGGACGGUUGUUUGACUGCUUACAGAUCGAGGAAGUGGCAAGGGGAUUAAUGUUUGGAGUUGUGCUACAGGCUGUGAGGACUGUCACGCACUGA